GCUGUUUGUCUGUAGAAUACACUUUCUACAUCUUACCCAGACUUCUUGAUCGAGUUAGCAGAGUUGGGGACAACGAACCAGAAUAGCUAUCGAGUCGCUGAAUCAUUGAUCCUUCGUUCGUUCGAGUAAGACGCAUCAGUAAUCGCAUUCAAGCAAUAACGAAACAUAACAAAUUGGCGACGGUGGUUUUUCGAUUAUGGACCCUGCCAAACUUGAACUGUUAGUUGAGCAGCAGCUAAAAUUGAUGAAAUGUUAAUGGAGACCAAGGUUACGCCUCCCUUACAGCCAAGCACGUCUAGUUCAACCACGGCACCAUCAGUAGAUGGCAUCGCAAAUAGCAACUCCUCCUGCUCCUUGCUGGGAAUAUGGUGCAUGGCACUACGUUCGAAACUGCCCAUUUAAGCAACAUCGAUGAAAGAAGUGUAAGGUUAUCGGUCAUAAGGAUGGGUUUUGUCUGAGGAAGAAGACUCCAAGUCAAUCCAGAAAUACGAAAAAGACCCGUCCUAGAUCCCGCACCAGUUCAUUGAGCUUAGUAUCUUCGUGUCAAAGCUCAUCACCAAGUCAGAGAAAAUUUGUUACUGUUAACAUUAAUGGGCAUUCAUCUAAAUUGCAAAUAGAUACAGCAUCAGAUGUCACUAUCCUCUCUCGUAAGACUUGGAUCAAAAUGGGCGGCCCAAACUUGCAGCAUACAACGCAAAAGCCUCGUACUGCGUGUGGUAAUUACCUUCACCUGCUAGGAAAAAUGGAAUGUACAGUUACUUUCCGUGAUUUGGCAUUUGUUGGGGUAUGCUACAUAACGCCAGCUGAUCUAAAUUUGCUCGGGUUAGAUUGGUUUGAUCACUUAAAUUUAGCUGAUGUCCCGUUGAAUACCAUAUGCAACCUGGUAUCACAACCCCAACUGCGACAACAACCACAUGACUUCGAAUCAUAUACGAGGACCCUAAUGACGCAGUUUUCAACUAUUUUCCAACCUGGAUUGGGUCGCUGCUCUGUCAUGAAGGCAACACUUCGAUUGAAAACUGGGGCUAAGCCUGUUUUUCGCCCAAAGAGACCUGUCUCUUAUGCAACAUUACAAACAGUAGAUGAAGAAUUGAACCGCCUUCAACAACAAGGAGUUAUUACUCCCGUUUCCUACUCUGUAUGGGCAGCACCUAUCGUGGUUAUUAAGAAAGCCAAUGGCACGAUACGUAUAUGUGCUGACUUUUCAACAGGUCUCAAUGCAGCUCUGGAACAACAUCAUUAUCCCUUGCCUGUUUCCGCAGACCUAUUUACCAUGCUGAAUGGGGGAAGAUUUUUCGCUAAGCUGAAUCUAGCUGAUGCUUAUUUGCAAGUGGAAGUAGACGAAGCAUCAAGAGAGCUGUUAACUAUCAAUACUCAUCGUGGUUUGUUCCAGUAUAACCGUCUACCUUUCGGAGUCAAAACUGCACCAUCUAUUUUCCAACAACUAAUGGAUACCAUCCUAUCAGGUAUCUCGGGAGUCGCGGCUUAUUUGGAUGACAUUUUAAUUGUAGCAACGACAUUAGAACAGCUACGAGAACGCACGACAUUGGUACUGCAACGCAUCAGUGACAACGGGUUCCGGUUACGCCCAGAGAAAUGCCAGUUUUAUUUGCAGUCGGUAAAAUACUUGGGGUUCAUUUUCGAUGCCGACGGCCGCAGGCCGGAUCCUGAGAAUAUCCGAGCUAUCAAACUGAUGCCCACUCCCACUAAUGUCUCGGCACUACGUUCCUUCCUGGGACUUGUCAGCUAUUACUCAGCGUUCGUUCCAUCGAUGCAUGAUAUUCGCGCUCCACUCAAUAGCUUAUUGCAGAAGAACAGCUCUUGGAACUGGACUAAACAGUGUGACACUGCCUUUUGUAAACUGAAGUCCAUUAUUAUUUGUUCUGAAUUGCUGUUGACACACUACGAUCCAGCCAUGCCGAUCAUCGUAGCUGCAGACGCUUCAGCGAAUGGCCUAGGCGCUGUUAUCUCCCAUCAGUUUCCGGAUGCGUCGGAAAAAGCCAUUAUGCAUGCAGCCCGUACACUAACCCCAGCAGAAAAAAAGUGCAGCCAGAUAGAAAAAGAAGCGCUUGCACUUGUGUUUGCUGUGCGCCGUUUCCACAAGUUCCUGUACGGUCGGAGAUUCACGCUUCUCACAGAUCACAAGCCUUUACUCGCAAUAUUCGGGUCGAAAUCUGGCAUUCCAGCUCAUUCAGCAAAUCGUCUUCAGAGAUGAGCUUUAGCACUCUUGGGGUAUGAUUUCGAGAUCCAGUACCGACGCACCCAACAAUUCGGUCAGGCGGAUGCCUUAUCACGACUCACUAGUGACCAGUUGGAGGCUGAGGAAGACACGGUAAUUGCAUCUCUGCUAGCGGAAGACCACACCGAAUGUUAUCUGACGACCGCAAUACGAACUUUGCCGGUAUCUGCAACGGACAUACAAAAUGCUUCUAAGAGCGACCCCAUCAUCAAGAGAACUAUGAGCUAUGUCACCAACGGUUGGCCGACUAAGAAGUUUGAUGGUGAUAUAAAACAGCUGUAUCGGCGGUGGGAUUCUCUAUGCAUUGUGAACGACUGCUUGAUGUUCGAAGAGAGAGUGGUUGUGCCAGAGUCCCUUCGUGCAAAAGUACUGAAACAGUUCCACCUUGGUCAUCCGGGGGUUAGACGAAUGAAAUCCAUAGCCAGGAGUCAUGCGUAUUGGCCGCUAAUGGAUCAACAUAUAACAGAAUUGGUUGGGAAAUGUAUGCAGUGUCAGCAAGCGGCAAAAAUGAACGCCAAAGUUCCACCAGUUUCAUGGCCACAACCUGAUCAUCCUUGGUCCAGAAUACACGUCGACUUUGCAGGCCCGAUUAACGGAACCAUGUAUCUAGUUGUAGUCGACGCCCUUUCGAAAUGGCCUGAAAUCAACCCUAUCAUACCGCCAACGACAACUAAAACAAUAGAGAUCCUCACAGAAAUUUUCUCCCGAAAUGGUAUACCAGACGCUAUUGCAUCUGACAACGGUUCACAGUUCACCGCCAGCCAAUUCCAGUCAUUAUGUCAACGACUAGCCAUAAAGUACUUACGCUCGCCACCAUACCACUCGCAGUCGAAUAGGCAAGCAGAAAGGUUUGUGGAUACGUUUAAAAGAGCCUUGGCUAAGUCAAAAGGGGAGGGGACGCCAGCAGACGCGUUGCAAAAUUUCUUAUACGUGUAUCGAACAACGCCAAAUGAGACGUUGCCUGAGCGAAAGUCCCCAGCAGAGAUCCUAAUGGGAAGAAGACUGAAGACGAUCCACAGCCUGAUGCAUCCAAGUAAUGCAACUACACCAGUACGGACAAAGUUUGAAAAGCAAUCCACGUACUAAGUGGGAUGUCCGGUGUUUGCCCGUGAUUACAGACCGACCCAUAGUCCAUGGACAGAAGCGCGAGUGGUCAGAAGAGUUGGCCGAGUCAUGUACGAAGUUGAGGUAGGCAGUGACAGGUGGCAACGCCAUCGGAAUCAGUUACGCAAACGGUUAGCCCCAGACCGCCCAUCAACAGAAUCAAAUAUCCCUCUUGACAUCCUGCUAGACACAUUCAACUUACCGGCAACUCCACCAAAAGAAAAACCUCAACAACAGGCUGAAACACGUCCCAGACGGUGGCCUAUCCGAGAACGGCGAGCAACAGUCAGGAUGCAGGUUGACCCCAGGAAAGCCCACUAUUAAAAAGGGGAGGAGUGUUGGGGACGAUAGAUCCCCAGACUCAUAUAUUUAAAUUUUAUCUUAUCGAUCAUCUUAUCGAUUAAAUGCUAGAGAUUUUUAUUGGGGUCAAUUGAUGAACUAUCGAGUAAAUGCGCAAAUAGGUCAAUUGAUGAACUAUCGAUUAAAUGCGCAAAUAGGUCAAUUAAUGAACUCGUUGAUUAAUGUUUAAAAAUUUUCUAUGACAAUAUCGAUUGUAAAUAAUUGUAUAAAUACGCUUGAUUUGUGUGUUUGAUUUGACUUGUUAUCUGCUGUUUGUCUGUAGAAUACACUUUCUACAUCUUACCCAGACUUCUUGAUCGAGUUAGCAGAGUUGGGGACAACGAACCAGAAUAGCUAUCGAGUCGCUGAAUCAUUGAUCCUUCGUUCGUUCGAGUAAGACGCAUCAGUAAUCGCAUUCAAGCAAUAAAGAAACAUAACACUUACUACAUUUCAAGACACAUACACACUGCCCUUAACUCUGUCUAUUCAUGCAAUUUGUGUCAUGUUGUGCAAAAUAUUAUGAUGUUGGUUAAGUUUGGAAAAUUUUUUAAACUUCACAAACAAGAGUAUGUCAAACAUUGGAGAUUGAUGUUAUAAUUCAUUGUGAAUUUCGUACAAAGCAAUUAGUACCUUUGAUAAAUUUGAAUGAUAACGAAGAUUAUCAGAACUAUGUGAUAUAUUAGCACAAUACAUUUCGAACAAUCGGAUCACGAAAAUUCAAAUCCCCUUUGUGUAUUCAAAAACACUUUGUUCUCACCUUAAACCUACACUGGUAAUAUUGGAUUAUAUUCCAGAGUGACUAGGUUUCAAACUGUGUUCACACUAUUAUUUAUACUCCUUUUAUAAUCCUUGUCUUCUCUUACACCAUUUCCAGUGUAGUUGACCUUUUAUUUUUGAGUUAAGUCUGUUUAACAUUCUCUAUUCUUCUUGUCUUCUCCUCGACUCUUUUGUAUAUUGUUUUAUACUACUUAUUUAUUUUCAGUAAAAAGUUACAUUUCUGUCAAAUUUUAAGUUUACGUUGUUACUAUAGUUUGUUGUGUAAUAAAUUUACAUAACAUU